GUGACUCGUAACAGGCAAGGUAUUUUGGUUGUUUACGGUGUUGUUGUAAUAUUUGUCUAUGGGGAACCAAAGAUAUUAUACUGACAAUGAAGUUCGACAACAUAACACGCCAAAGGAUAUAUGGGUUUCCUUUCUCGGAAAAGUCUAUGACUUGACACCACUUAUCGAGGAAUAUGCAAAUGAUCCGUUGAGUCGACCGAUCAUUGCGAAUGCGGGAUAUGACAUCUCUCACUGGUUUGAUGCCAAAACCAAUGAUAUCAGGAUGCAUAUUGACCCAGAGACAGGAUGUUCAAUGCCAUAUACUCCACAUGGUCGAUUUAUUCAUGUGCCACCUCCAAGUCCAAGAACCGAUUGGGCAACAGAUUAUGGGCGACCAUGGUGGCUGGAUCAAAAAUACUGCAUUGGAAAAUUGUCAGAAAAGACUCGCUGGAUCCAUAUCAUCAACACAUUAACCCUACAGGAAGAGAAGGUUGAGGUUUGUGCAGAGGAAACGCUUGACGAAAUACUGAAUCGAUACAUGAAGUACAAUUCGCAUGCGAAGAGCUACACCUGGAAGUACGACGGCCAAAUAUUGAACAUGACAGAAACGUUGGCAGGAAAUGGAAUUUCUGACGAGGAUGAGCAAUUCUACAAUCUGCGCAUGAGAGACGAUGAAUUUCUUGUAGCGAUUCAUCUUUACUUCAACGAUGAUUUGACUGAAGCAUAGAUUGUGGUUGUAUUGUUUGAGAAUGCCAAUAGUAAGACUUGGUGAGAAAUGCCUAAAGUUCAUGCUGCUCUGUGACUGCCAUCAAACGAUUUAGCUCUAGAAGGGCUACAUCUAGUUUGUUGGAAUUCAACCUACCAAUUUAAACCAUGCAAGCUGACAAAAAGCUAGAACCAAUAAAAUUAUUUGUAGUUAUUU